CAGGCGUUGGGCACUUCCGGCGGGGUUCGGGUUUCCUUCGACUCGGCGUUUAAAUGGAGCCGCAGGACGGCAGUUGCCCGACAUCCAGCACCGAGCCGUGACACCGAGCCACCGGCCUGGAACACGGCGCAGAAAGCGGCUCUUUUCUGCGGAGCUUCGUGCAGCUUUUUGUGCGCAGAGCACCGGAACAAUAACGGAACCGUGACCGCAGCUCGGUGCAUCAUCUGCGGAUUCCUGCAGUCUGGUGGAUCCGCUGAUGUGGAGCCUGAUGAUUUAGGAUAUUCCUCCACUGUUGGAACAAACUGUAUGCAGCGUUUUGAGUCGCUGUUUUAUUAUUGUUAUUAGUUGCCUGGAUGAGAGUGCAUUGAACUAGUCAGGUGGAUUCCUUAUAAUUAGAUUGUUUUGUAGUUUAAUUAGGCAUUUGUACAGACUAAUUCCUUAAUAUAAACUAAAAAUCAACAUUAGUGCAGGAUUACAGGCUGAUAUUUCCUUUUUGUGCACAUUUACAUACAAUUAAUGUGACACAAACGACAUUUAAAUAGAUUUGCUUUAAAAAAAAUAACCUGCAGAAUUAGAUAUUUUCAUCAUAUAUGUGGGGAAAUCUCACUUUUAGCUUGACUUUUAAACAAGAAAUCCCAUUUAGUUGCCUUCCAGGUCAAUAAGCGCAUCAAUAAAUUGCAUUUUUUCUUUGCAAAUUCACCCGCACUGGAGGUUGAAUUACACCACAAGCAACCAUGUUCAGCUGGCUGGGAACUGAUGACCGCAGGAAGAAGGAGCCGGAGGUGUUCCAGACUGUCAGUGAAGGCCUGAAGAAGCUGUACAAAACCAAACUGCUGCCCCUGGAGGAGAGCUACAAGUUCCACGAGUUCCACUCCCCGGCACUGGAGGACGCAGACUUUGACAACAAGCCCAUGGUGCUCCUGGUGGGUCAGUACUCCACCGGCAAGACCAGCUUCAUACGGUACCUGUUGGAGCAGGAUUUUCCGGGGAUGAGGAUCGGCCCCGAGCCCACCACAGAUUCCUUCAUCGCGGUGAUGCACGGCGACACAGAAGGCGUCAUCCCCGGCAACGCCUUGGUAGUCGACCCCAAGAAGCCCUUCAGGAAGCUGAAUGCAUUCGGAAACGCAUUUCUCAACAGGUUUGUUUGCGCUCAGCUUCCCAACCCGGUUCUGGAGAGCAUCAGUGUGAUCGACACUCCAGGAAUUCUGUCCGGAGAGAAACAGCGAAUCAGUCGAGGCUAUGACUUUGCAGCCGUCCUCGAGUGGUUUGCAGAGCGGGUGGACCGGAUCAUUUUACUGUUCGACGCUCACAAACUGGACAUUUCUGAUGAGUUCUCAGAGGUGAUAAAGGCCCUGAAGAACCACGAAGACAAGAUCAGAGUGGUGCUGAACAAGGCUGACCAGAUUGAGACUCAGCAGCUGAUGAGAGUUUAUGGAGCCCUGAUGUGGUCUUUGGGGAAAAUAGUCAACACCCCUGAGGUGAUUCGUGUCUACAUCGGUUCAUUCUGGUCUCAUCCUCUGCUGAUCCCCGACAACAGGAAGCUGUUUGAAGCAGAGGAGCAGGAUUUAUUCAAAGACAUUCAGUCUUUACCCAGAAACGCAGCGCUGAGAAAACUCAACGAUCUGAUCAAAAGAGCGAGAUUAGCCAAGGUUCAUGCUUACAUCAUCAGCUCCCUGAAGAAGGAGAUGCCUUCAGUGUUUGGGAAGGAGAACAAGAAGAAAGAGCUGAUUGGCAGUCUGGGGGAUAUCUACAAACGCAUUGAAAGAGAGCAUCAGAUAUCCCCUGGAGAUUUCCCGAAUCUGAAGAAGAUGCAGGACCAACUCCAAUCUCAGGAUCUCAACAAGUUCCAGCCUCUGAAACCCAAACUCCUGGAGGCCGUCGAUGACAUGUUGGCCAACGACAUCGCCAGUCUGAUGGUUCUGGUCCGGCAGGAGGAAACCCAGCGGCCCAACGCGGUGGUGAAGGGCGGCGCCUUCGACGGCACCCUGGAUGGCCCGUUCGGACACGGCUACGGUGAAGGAGCCGGCGAAGGCAUCGACGAAGCCGAGUGGGUCGUAGCUCGAGACAAACCGGCCUACGAUGAGAUCUUCUACACUUUAUCUCCGGUGAACGGGAAGGUGACGGGAGCCAACGCCAAGAAGGAGAUGGUGAAGUCGAAACUGCCCAACACGGUCCUGGGAAAGAUCUGGAAGCUGGCAGACAUCGAUAAGGACGGGAUGCUGGACGAUGAGGAGUUUGCGUUGGCGAAUCAUCUGAUCAAAGUGAAGCUGGAGGGACAUGAACUACCAUCAGACCUGCCCGCACACCUGGUGCCUCCUUCCAAGAGGAAAAUACCCGAAUAAAUGUAAGAUUCCUCCACCACCUCCCCUAACGCUUGUAAGUAGCCCCGCCCCCUUACAUGGAGAAAAUAGUCCCAGUAGCAUUAUAGCAAAAAAAUAAAAAUUACUAAAGAGAAAUAUUAAAUUAGACCCCAUUUCUGAUUCUCAGUCCUGCUCUGUUGCUGCCAUCCCCAUUUCUGUAGUCUAACCUCCAAUUAGCAAAUACAUUCAAGUAGAAAUGAAGCUGAUGAAGCAGCUGUUAGGAAGUCAAAGUGACUGUUCUGUAGGAUUUAAUGUAUCAGAAUGAUACCGACUAGUGAUCCAGCACAAGCACUAUUGAGGAAUAUGGUGCAAGGAAGUCAGGUUUUAGAUGGUAGUUGUUGAGUGAUUUUGGAUGUUAUCAGCCCAUUAAAUGACAACAGAUCUUUCCUUUUUGCAGGUUCAUGUUUUCACCAGUGUAAGACUGAUGGAGAAACGAUUUAGCACCAACAAAGAGGAAUUAAAGUCCACAUGUGGUUGAGGCAUAAGUAAGCGAGGUUUCAUCCAAAAGCCCCAAGUUAAAUUCCCAUCUCUAUUUUAAUGCUUAAGUCUUUGUGACUUUGGUUUUUACUUGGUUUUGGUUUUCACUGGCAUUUUUAGUCAAUAUUUGGCGAAGUUUAGUCACCGAAACUGUUCAGUUAAAGUUAGAAAUGGCUCAUGGUUUGAAUAAAAAUGGAUAAAAGAACAGAAUCGCUUUAUUGACACUGGACAGCGUAGAAAACGAUUAAGCAGCAAUCCUGUCUGUCAGUUUAAAAAAAGUAGAAUAAAAAAUAUGCAAAUAUGAAAACAGAGUAAAAAUGUCAAGUACAUGAGCAUUUUAAAGAACAUGUUAGCAUAUAAAAGUUUAAAAUAUACUGUAUAAAGCCCCUUUUUGUAGAUUUCCAGGAUAAUAAUGCCACUGGACAUGACCACAUGACCAGAGGUUUUUUUUCUGUUUACCUUUGAUCAGAAUGGGUAAUAAAUGGGAAUAAAAUGCCUCCUGAGGCUGCUAGAAGGUGGACAAGGUCCAUACUGGCCCAUAUGUAGGAGAAGGAUCUAUGAUGAUUUAAUGGGUUGGUAACAGCCGAAUCUUUUGAAUAAUCAAACUGCAGUUCGCAAAGUUUUGACAUGACUUUUUGAACAUAAUGCAGCCAUACUGAAAACUUCUUUAACAUGAUUAAAGUUUGGAGUUGAGAAAACCUUCAGUUAAAGCUAAAUAAGUUUGAUCUAGCCGUCUCCAUUGGGUUGGACCAGUUCAAAGGCGUUAAAACUUGUCAAGUCUGUUCCUUCCUUCACCGCAAAUACCGGAUUCAUCCUGGGAGGCUGUUAAAAAAGAACUUUUCUCCUUGUGAAAUUACUACGAGAGAUUAUCCAACCAAUGAGACCGUGCAGAUCAACCAGCUGACCAAUCCAUCAGAACACUACAGCUCGACUUCUAGCAUCAUUUAAAAGCAGUUACUAGCUAUUCAAAUGAAAUAGUACUAAAAGAAGCUCCUGUUUUGCAGUUAAAGCUGAGUAGUAUUUGGGUUGUACAGGCGAAGAAAAAACACUGGAAUACAGAAAAAUCAAAUCUAAACUACUGGAAGGAAACGAGAGAAUGUAAAGACAAGAAGGACACAGGAGAUAAAUAUGCAAAAAAAACUCUGUGAAGCAGACUUUUAUUUUUCCUCCUUGUAUUAAAGGUCCUGGCUUAUUUUCAGCUGAGCAGUCUGGCUUUUGUUUCAAGGUGACAUGUUAAAAAGCAACAAGGAUUUCCUGGAAGGCGUCUGGAGAGCAUAAAUUUGAAGCACACAGCAGAAUGAAAAGAGCUUGAAACCGAUUGUUUUCGAAAGUGAAUGGCCUAAAUUACUUAAUAACGUCUUAAAAUGUGAUUACUAUUAUUUGUUUGGUGCCUGAUUUGAGGUUUGCAUUGAAAGAGGAUACACUACGAGUGACAUUUCAUGUCUUUUCUGAUCUCUGAAUAGUCUCAUUAACAUGUACUGACACUGUGACUAUAAUAACAGACUAUAUUGUUUGGACACGCUCAGUAUAAAUGUGUUGUGAGGACUCUGAAUGUGUUUCUGUGUCCUGACUGUUGUAUGUUUGUUUGUAUGCAUCUGACCAUGUGUAUCAGUGUUAUUAUUUGUAUGUAUUCAGUCGGCUACUGAGUUGGGAGGAUUCCAGUCGGGUUAUUAAUUAAAAACUGAUCAGUUAUUAUGAUUAUUCUCCUUCUAGUAUAAUCUAACAUGGGAGUGAACAGACAGCUGUGUUUUGUGGUGACACUAAUUGACACGUUUUUAAACUGUUUUCUUUUCCUUUCACGUAUUUAAAGUGUAAACAUGUAACAAAUAUAAUUCCUCUUCUUAAUGUUUCUCGUGCGCCGAUCAGCCACAACAUUAAAAAUACAUUUUUCACUCAUGUUUCACUGCAGUUUAAAGUCCUGCACCUCUAUGGAAACAGAACGACACAGAAUGAUAUAAAUCCUACAAAGGACAAACGCGAAAGUUGAAUUUCUUCAUUUGUUUUGCAAAAACUGCAGAUAAAACCAACAUUUUUCCAAGUGGUCACAGAUGUUACCAACACUGUAGGAACAGAGCCUCCAGAUACUAUACAUAUUUAACGAUUUCCAUUUUUGCAGCCUCUGUUUUUCACUUUACUCUGCUCAUCCGCUGUAGAAAGAUGUUUCACUGUGCUGCUCCUCUGUUUACUGUUUUUGAGCCAUGCUGCAUUUAUUUUAUUGAUCCACUAGGUUUGAUUUAAUAGUAAUAACUCUCAGCUCUGUAGAAACACUGCCUUCAGCGGAAAACUCGUGCUGAUUUUUUAUUUUUUUUACAGAAUCCAGCGCGAACGUUAUAUUUUUAGUGAAACUUUACCUAAAUAAUGAGUGACUUUGAUGAAAUAUUUCAAUUUUAUGCUAAGAUUUGUUUAAUUUUCUUGACCAGAAUUGCAAGUUGUAAGUAGGAAACUUGAAAAUCCAACAAUUAUUUUUUUAGUUUUCAGUUUCUGGCUGAUAAAUGGUGUUAAUUUGACCAUUUUUAAACAAUAUAAAAUGUUUAUUAAACCCACUGGUGGGUUUCUGAGAGUUCACUGGAGUUUCAUUUACUCAACACAAUAGACAUUUUUAUUCAUUAAAUGGUCAGAAAUCAUCGGGAAAUACAGACUAUGUAGUGGGUGGUUUUAAUGUUGUGGCUGAUCGGUGUAAUUAACUGUAGCUUCAUGCCAGUAUGUAUGUGUGUUCACAUUAGGACCAUGCUUGUGGUUUGUUGCACAAUUAUCCUGAGCUUCUAAUAAGGUAUAACACUCAACUAACUACAAUUGGAUUCCCAUAUGGCAUGGACAUGUUGUAUGAUCUGCAGAACCGAGAUAUUUCCACUUUUUACGAGCCUCCUUGUGUAUUUCUGUGCCGCUGCUGUAAAUCAGAUGUACAUAAGACGACUGGUUGCAUUCCAUGAACACAGAUUGAAAUCAUCCGCCUCAUCCCGAGUGAUUCACCGGCUUACGUUUCAGCCACAUCGGACGGGAAAAUGUAAAAAAGAUGCUUGGAGCUACAAGUUCUCGUAAUUGUUUUCUAACCCUGACAGAUUGCAGCAUUAAGUCCUGUGUAGUGGUGAACACGCUAAGUGGAAACACUGGCGUUACGGUAUUCUCGUCCAAGAUGGUGACGAUUGCAUUGCUUAAAUCUGUGCUUCACUGCUUUUCUGUCGACAUAAACAGUCCAUAAGUGUAAUAAAGUUCAUAUAUUCAACUCUGAA